CAGUAACACUAUCCUCUUUAUGACUUGCAGCAAACCAGAGAAUGCAUUCAAUCAAAUGAACCGAUCUUGUAGAAACACUGGAAUCAUUUAUGCAUUGCAGUUUCUCUUUCUUGUUUUCGCUCCUUCUUCCCUGGGAUAUUUCGAGUGGAUUGUGGCUAUUAAUCAAGGUCUCCUGCUAUUCGUGAUUUGCUUGUCAUCUUCGCUCAGGAUUAGCAUCAUUCAAGGCACACGCAAAGCUGCCUUUUUUCCCUCACUCUUUUUUGAAAAAUCAUUUUUUGGGGGCUGCCGAAGAGAGCUAGGACCCAGGAGACACCUUCCCAAACAGCAGGGGUUGUGUGCUUUCACAUAGCAGUACUGUACAAGGAAAACCCCGUCGGAUCUGUUAUUGCGGGAUACUUGUGAAAUAUACAUAGGAUUCUUUCUUAUGGCUGCAUCCCGCAUCUGGAAAUUUUACUUCGGGACCAAGAAGAUCUGAAAGGCUACACGUAUAAAGAAGAUUGCAAGGAAGACUCAGAAUCUUGUCAUAGAGCUAACAGACUUCCUCACUUAUCGGCCUUUUUCCUUCCUUCUUUUUAUUAAAUUUUUUUCUUCCCUCCUUUUUUUGCUCUCUCCUCUCUCAGGCUCUCUUUUUCGAUUUGCCUCUUCUUCUUUUUUCCCCCCUAGUCUUCUUCUUUAUUUCUCCCCUGCUCUGCACCUGGAUUGUAUCUUCACCAAACAAUCGGGCACUUUGAGAACUAACUGGAGGCAGUCUUGUAGGGGAGAGCUGUAUGGAAUUAUCUGCUUUUAUGGUGAACUUGGCAUUUGUGAAUGGGUAUCUUGUUCAUGAUACUAAUUGCUAGCAAAACCAAGAAAAAGAACAUAGGAGUAAAACGUGGAUUUUUCUGAAUACGCAUUGUGAUGACCAGCAAUUACCUUACCGAGUGAUAUCCAGAGAAGAAAAAUUUGGAAGACUGUUGUGGAAACACCACCUGGACCUCAAAUGCACUGCUGCCAAGAAGCCCUUUAACGAUAGCACGGAUGGCAAGGAGAGCCUUUAAAUUGGCCAAAGAGCUUCCUCUGCAGUCAUCCUAUUCAACGUGUGGGACCAGCCUUUAAGAACUAGAAGAUGAAAGCUCCGAUUCCACACUUGAUUCUCUUAUAUGCUACUUUCACUCAGAGUUUGAAGGUCGUGACCAAAAGAGGCUCUGCUGAUGGAUGCACCGAUUGGUCUGUUGAUAUCAAGAAAUAUCAAGUUUUGGUGGGAGAGCCUGUUCGAAUCAAAUGUGCACUCUUUUAUGGUUAUAUUAGAGCGAAUUACUCCCUUGCUCAGAGUGCUGGACUCAGUUUGAUGUGGUACAAAAGCUCAAGUCCUGGAGACUUUGAAGAGCCAAUCGCUUUUGAUGGAAGUAGAAUGAGCAAAGAGGAGGAUUCCAUUUGGUUCCGGCCAACAUUACUUCAGGACAGUGGUCUUUAUGCCUGCGUUAUCAGAAACUCCACAUACUGUAUGAAAGUAUCCAUCUCACUGACAGUCGGUGAAAAUGACACUGGACUCUGCUACAAUUCCAAGAUGAAGUACUUUGAUAAAGCUGAACUUAGCAAAAGCAAGGAAAUUUCAUGCCGUGACAUAGAAGAUUUUUUACUACCAAGCAGAGAACCUGAAAUCCUUUGGUAUAAGGAAUGUAGAACAAAAACAUGGCGGCCAAGUAUCGUAUUCAAAAGAGAUACCCUGCUUAUAAAGGAAGUCAGAGAAGAUGACAUUGGCAAUUAUACCUGUGAGCUAAAAUAUGGAGGCUUUGUUGUGAGAAGAACUACUGAAUUAACUGUCACUGCCCCUCUGACUGAUAAGCCACCCAAGCUGUUGUAUCCCAUGGAAAGUAAAAUGACAAUUCAGGAGACUCAGUUGGGCGACUCAGCUAAUCUAACCUGCAGAGCAUUCUUUGGGUACAGUGGAGAUGUCAGCCCUUUAAUCUACUGGAUGAAAGGAGAAAAGUUUAUCGAAGAUCUGGAUGAAACUCGAGUUUGGGAAAGUGACAUUAGGAUUCUUAAGGAUCAUCUUGGGGAACAGGAAGUUUCCAUCUCAUUAAUUGUAGACUCUGUAGAAGAAGGCGACUUGGGAAAUUACUCCUGUUAUGUUGAAAAUGGAAAUGGACGUCGACAUGCCAGUGUUCUCCUUCACAAACGGGAGCUGAUGUACACAGUUGAACUUGCUGGAGGGCUUGGUGCUAUCCUUUUGCUGCUCAUCUGUCUGGUGACCAUCUACAAAUGUUAUAAGAUAGAAAUCAUGCUCUUCUAUAGGAAUCAUUUUGGGGCCGAGGAGUUGGAUGGAGACAAUAAAGAUUAUGAUGCAUAUUUAUCGUACACUAAAGUGGAUCCUGACCAGUGGAACCAAGAGACUGGGGAGGAAGAACGGUUUGCUCUUGAAAUCCUACCUGAUAUGCUAGAAAAGCAUUACGGAUAUAAGUUGUUCAUACCAGACAGAGAUUUAAUUCCAACUGGAACAUAUAUCGAAGAUGUGGCGAGGUGUGUAGAUCAAAGCAAGCGGCUAAUUAUUGUCAUGACCCCAAAUUACGUAGUCAGAAGGGGCUGGAGCAUCUUUGAGCUGGAGACCAGACUUCGAAACAUGCUUGUGACUGGAGAAAUCAAAGUGAUACUAAUCGAAUGCAGCGAACUCCGAGGAAUUAUGAACUACCAGGAGGUGGAGGCGCUCAAGCACACCAUCAAGCUCCUCACGGUCAUUAAGUGGCAUGGACCAAAAUGCAACAAGUUGAACUCUAAGUUCUGGAAACGUUUACAAUAUGAAAUGCCUUUUAAGAGAAUCGAACCCAUUACACACGAGCAGGCUUUAGAUGUUAGCGAGCAGGGGCCUUUUGGGGAGCUGCAGACUGUCUCGGCCAUUUCCAUGGCUGCGGCCACCUCCACAGCUCUAGCCACUGCCCAUCCAGAUCUCCGUUCCACCUUUCACAACACGUACCACUCACAAAUGCGUCAGAAGCACUACUACCGAAGCUAUGAGUAUGACGUACCUCCUACUGGCACCCUGCCUCUAACCUCCAUAGGAAAUCAGCAUACCUACUGUAACAUCCCUAUGACACUCAUCAACGGGCAGCGGCCACAGACAAAAUCAAGCAGGGAGCAGAAUCCAGAUGAGGCGCACACAAACAGUGCCAUCCUGCCACUGUUGCCAAGGGAGACCAGUAUAUCCAGUGUGAUUUGGUGACAAAAUCGAGGGACACCCUGUCCCUGAGCAUUUGGGUCUGCAGUCCAGUGCCUGGAACUAAAUCCUCGACUGCUGCUGUUAAAAAACAUGCAUUACAAUCUCUAGAACACGAGGAAAAACAGGGUCUUGUACAUAUGUUUUUUGCAAUUUCUUUGUAGCAUCAGUGUCUUCCUGUUUUACCAUGUCUCUUACCAUUACAUUUUUGACUUUGUUUUAUAUGUCAUUGGAAUUUGUAAAUUUACAUUUUUUUAAAGAAGAGACUUAUGUAUAGAUAGAAAACCCUUUUUUGCUUCAUUAGUUUACUUUUAGAAUGGGUUUUUAUUUCCUUUUUCUUGAUUUUCUUUUGCUUUUAACAUUUCCUUGGGGUGCUUGGACAAAUCUAUCCACUGGGACAAGGAGCACCGGAUCCUCUCUUUGGUUCUGCCUAGAAUCAGCAGGGCCACGUGGGCCUUCAGAGUGCAGUGCAACGAACGCCAGGAUUGCCAUUUGUGGGGGAAAAAAAAAAAAGAAGAACACUUGUUUAUAGGAGGGCCCAGCCAAUCAGAGCCCUGAAUCUCUUCCUUGUCCCGCCUCAUUCCCCACCACUAUCUUUCUAAUGGUGGCAUGAUGUGUAAACUCUGAAGAGGGGUGGGGGUGGGCCUAACUGUCUUAACAUUUAAUUCACUGCUCGUCAGAAUACACUCCAGACCCAAAAGUGUGCUAGCCACUUGACUGUGAUCAAAGCCUAGUGCUAAGACGAGAAGAUCAAGGGCAUGAAAAUGGGGGAGAGAGUGUUCUUUCCGUUUGUUAAAUGAGUUGAUGUACCCUUAUAUAAAUAUAUAUAUAUAUAAACACACAACAAAACAAAAUAAACAAAAAAAAACACAAAAAAAUCCACAAAAACAACAAAAAAAAAUCAAACCCUAUAUUUGACCACUUCCUGGAAAGGCAUGAAUGUGUUUGUGGCUGUUUUUGUUUAAUAUUCUACUUCCUCUUUUCCCUCUAUAAUUUUACUGCAAAUGAGAUUAUGUGCAAAUGCCAGGCAAGUUAUCUCAGAAGGGUGAAUCAACACAAGUCUAAUGAAAUUUACAUUGAAGGCUUCCAAACCAAAGGGAAGGACAGGAUGUGUCAUCAAAUAUGUUUUGUCACUUUGUAUUAUACAAAAUGUUAUUUUCUAAAGAGUCAGAACAAAUCUGUGAAACUUACUAUGGGGUCCCUUGUAUUUUAAGUGUGAAUUCACUGUAUUUGCUUUUCACUGCUACAUUCAGAAUCAAGUGUUUGGUUAAAAUUUGUGAAAAUACGCAAAACUUGUUAAUAGCAGAGUGUUUAUAUAAAAACUCAGAAGGUCGAACAUAAGCAUACCAACAGAAAUCAGUACUUCAAAGUGAACAUUAUUUAUAAAAAUAGUUUUAAAAUUAGAAGAGAAGGUGUUUCAAAUAAUUUUACUGUAUAAAGAAUUACUUUUCUUUUAACUGUAUAAUUGUAUCUUUCAGAAACAGAAAGCUGAUGCUCCCAGGAAAUACAUCCCUUACCAUUAACUUUAUGUUUGAAAUCAGUGACAUGAGCAGUUAAUAUAUAUUCAUAUUGAAGAUGAUGCAAAGUUAACCACAAAGGAACUUGCAGUGGGCAUAACUGUUAAAAUAUUACCUAAGUAGCUUUUAGUUAAAAAAUAUCAAUGUGAUUUUUAAAGAAAAAAAAAACACUGAUAAUAGAACUUCUACAUUGCUUUAGUGAUUCAUUGUAGGAACUUCCAUUCCAGUCAUUGUCUGUGGGCUCGUGUAGUGACUAUUGUAUGUUUGGUUUAUUCCUACCACCAAAUAAUGAGUAAACAAUUCUACAGUUUUGGUCACAAUACUAAGGUGUGAGUUGGCCACAAAAAAACAAAAAAACAAAAAAAAAAACACAAAAACACAAAAAAACCUCUAACUUCAAGAGAGUUCACUGGGAGGGAAAAAUGAAUUACAAAUGUAUGAGAGAUGAGUUUUAACAAUUUUGUAACAAUGCAAAGGUCUAAGUAUUUGUGUGACAAAGUAAAGGAGCCUUGGGAUGUGCAUUGAUUUUUAUUUGCUUAAAAAUGUUGAUUUCCCUGACAAUUCACCUGGGUCCUUCUCUGCAAUCUGUUCUUUAUUCCCGUGCUCCCCUUGGACCUGUGUCACUUUUUCACAAACCAGAACUGAAGCUUCAAGGACACAUAAACAUUAAGGUCAGCUUUGCACAAUCAGUUAUUUUCAGAAUUCGAGAAGGCCAUUGUUUACUUUGUUCUAUGGACAUCUGUCAGGGACUGGUGGCACUGAACCUCAUUGGACUGGAUUCCAGAUUCCCACAGUGCUCAGAAAACUGUAAACAUGGCAAUGGCCUGGUUUAUUUCUUUUUUUUUUUAAAUUCCUUAAGUGCACGAUGGAAGUGUGGAAUAAAUGUAGAGGAAGUAAUCAGACCACAGUCAUAUUUUAGGCAUCCAUAGGUGUUAAUUUAGCUGCAUUGGGAAUACAUUAUUUGUUCUAUUUUUAGUGUAGAUUUAAGCACUUUGAAUAGCAUGAUUCAGGGAUUGAUGGGUAAUAUUUGAUAUUCUCACAACUUAAGAAACGUUUUUAGUUUCCUCUAAUGCUUUGUCAUAUUUUAAAGAAAUGAAAUAAAUGGAGAAGCUAUCUGCGGCUUUAGAAACAUCCCUCCCAAGUAUUCCUCUAUCAGCUCCAUGUGAGAAAAAAUGAAGGAAACUAUCAUGUGCUCACGUGCUCUGUGUUUAACAAAGGUUAUGUUAGAAUUCACAAUAAAAAGAGAAAAAUAUUUCCCUAGUGCUUAGGUUUCAUCCUUCUCUCUCUAUCUCUCUCUUUUUCUCUUUCUCUCUCUCUCUACUGGGAAUACAAUUAUUCUAGUUGUAAAACCACAGUUGAAAGCAUGAAAAUGUAGCCACGCUGAGAAGAGGCUUCUGGACUCUGACAUGUGUGAUGUUUAACAUUGUCUGUUUCUCAUCAAUUACGACUGGGCUCCGAGUAACAUGUUUUGGAUUCAUAAAUCCAUCUGGUUCUUUAAUGUAAUCUCCACUAGUUGCCUAUGAGCAUCCUAAUCUUUAUACUGGUGCUCCAAUCUUUGACUAUUUAAUUUGUAAUCUAUUCCUCCAGUCUGCUAUGUGCAGAGAAGAAAUUUGUAUCUCAUGCAGCCAGAUGAUUUAAAGUUAAAUCAAAUCUAAAUUCAAUAUACUGAGUUAAGAGACCUUAGUAUAUUAUAUUUCUAUAUCUAAGUACGUGAUUUCUCAGUCAACAAUUUUGUGUCUAUUAUUUUCUUCAUAGUAUAUAUUUGUAUCCUAUUGAUGAAAUCUUAAUUAUAUAGAUGCUAUUUACCCCCUUCUUUUGCUCUUAAUUAGCAUUCUUGAACAAGAGCAAAUAUUAACUGAGAGCCAAACUCUAAACUCCAAGUUUUAUUUAUCCUAGAAUAGUCAUUAACUGUGAGAGAUAACAUAUAUGUAAAUUAAAACCACCAUUUCUAGGAAGCAUUAAUUCAUAUAUUUUUUAAUUAUUUUUGAUCCUAGAAUUAUAUCCUACUUCUCCAUUUAGAGAAGUAAUUUCAUCUUGUACUUUAUUUCUUUCUUUUAAAAUUUAGCCUGUUUAUAUCAGUCUCAGAAAAAGAGCUACUGGAAUUCAAGAAAGGCCACUGGUAUUGUGUCAUUGAAAUGACAGAACAAAAGUAAGAUGAUACACAGACAUGGAAGAGGAAAACUCCCAGUUGUCUCUUAUCUGCACUUAUUUGGUCGUUAUCCACAUUAAUUUCAUUAUAUAUGAGAAGUGAAAUAUUAUAAAAUAUAUUAGAAAUUCCACCUACCAUUAUAUAGUCCAUAACACUGGAGAUGUUUUAAUAAUACAAACUAUUAUUACAAAGAGUGCCCUAAAAGGAAGGAAGAGCUUACCAAUGGAAGAACCCUUUCUUGACUUAUUACAAACACUUUCCACUUUAUUGUUCUGGGCAAAGAAAGUAAACAAUGUUCAAAUUUUUAUUAUCCUUACCAAUAAAUCUUAAAGUUGGGAUCAAAGGCAACUUAGUCAAUAAAAAGAAUGAAAAUAAUGAAGAGUUGGCAUUUCUAGUAGAAUUGUGGAUGUGUACAAAAAUAUGUUUUCUUGGGUCUUAAUCCCAAAGACAUCGGUCACUUAAGAAACUACUGAUGUCUGGAUUUAGAGUACAAUCUAAGAAACAGACAUUCAAAUCAACCACACAUAGCUAUGGGCAUGUUAAAUAUGCUAUUAUUUACAUUCACUCAUGAAAAUUUAGAGGAUAAUUAUCCUUGUAAUAGAAAUAAGCAAAUCCUCUUCCAAUAUGACUUUACUCUGGGAGACUUGAUCAAUAAUGAGAGAAAAUGUUACAUGAUGACAGGCAUCAUAUUCAUGUCCAGAUGAAGUAGAACAACUAUCAUUACUAUUGUUGUUUAUUCAUUUCUAAUUUAUUUUGUUUGUGAGGAUGUGAAAUCAGGUAAUUUAUAAUAAUAUCUUUUAUCACUAAACUUCUUUAUGAUUUGGAUUUAAUCACGCUUCCUACAACAAAUCUAAGAAUUCAAUCAGUACAAGAGUUGUAAAAAAAAUCAUUUUAAAUGGUUGUCCUAGGAUCCCAGUUUCCCCAUGCCCAAUUUUAAAAUUGGUUAUUUACUUUAUUUUCAGUUAUUGAGUUUUUCAGGGUUUCGGAAUUUAUGAUGAUUUGGGAGCAUUAUGAGGAUUUUAAAGACUAAAUUGAAGAGGUGUUAAUUAUUUAAAGGUUUGCUCUUUACUUGUGAUUGGUAGCAAGGUAAAACUUUGUGCUUUGUUAAUUAUUAAUAUACUGUCACAAGAAGCUGUAAGAUCUGACUAGUUUGAGCCAAAUAUUAUUAAAGAAAAAAAGACGAUGAUGAGAUAAUCCUGAUCCUAAUUUUGUGUGUCUUGUCAUCAUCAAACUUCAUUCACCUGCAUAGAAAAUUCCCAGAACAAAAGGAAGGAAUUCAGCUCUAAUAUUCAGUCAUAUAUCAUUUUUUUCCUUCCAAGCUCAGAAUAUAAAACACCACUCCAUUAAAGAUACAUAAGAUACAUGAAAGCAAAAAUUUUCCUUUCGCCCUUGACUAAAUGUUCCUCUGAAUAGUUUGAGUCCACUGACAAACUUGUGUUUCUGAAUUGUUCAUUAAAGUAACUUAAGGAGCUAUUGUCUUUCUAUCAUGCACUACUUUCAUUGAUGCAUCCUCCAGGGUCCAUGAGUCUGAAAAGUAUUCUCUUUCUAACAAUCACUCUAAACCAUUUCAGUAUAUUCCCUCCACUACUAAGUAAAUAGAAACUGAAGAACUGCACAUGAACUUGAGAAUAUUACAUGUAAUAUUGAUGUUGUGUAAAAUUCAAUCUUCAUAGUCCAGAUAACCUUAAGUUUCAAAGGGCAUGCUGGUCAUUAAAAAAAAAAGAUUUAAUGUAAAAUGACAUAUUACAUAGUGCAUGAACACGUGGCAAAGUAAUUUGGAUCUAUCUUUACCAGUUAAGGAGAGACUAAAUUUGGGGAGAUCAGUUGUGUUUUAAGUUAAUUCUCAACUGGGAUGAAGAUAUAUUUAUGUUAGGAUAUAUGGACAGCUGUUCAUAGUCCUUGAAGCAUAUGAUCCUGGUAAUUAGAAUCCUUAGUGUGUUCUUUCCAACAAAGUAGUGGAGAUAUGUUCAUAGAAUCUGCAAUUGAAUUGUAAAAACUUUAAAAUUUUUGGAGUUUGAGGGAACCCAAAAGGAAAGUGAAAUUAGUAAUUUUCCUCUGCUGGUGUUCAAGUCAAAAUUUAAACUCAGACACUCUCAGAUAUGUUCAACAGUCAGUAAAAAAGUGCAUUUUACAUAGUGUUUACCUUUAGUUUUGCCUAUAAUCUUUGAUUUUGUACAAUCUAGAAUGUAUGUAACUCAUGUGUAGGUAAUGGAGGCGCUUUUUUUCUUAGAAUACUUACAAUUAUAUAUUUGGUUUUGCUUUGACUAGCAAUAGGAAAAUAGACAAAUACAAGUGUAAAAAUGAGAAAUUUUAAACUUGAAAUAUAAUUUGUGUUUUAUAGUCGUUUCAUAAGUCUGUUGCUCUCUAUGAGUAUGCUCUCUAUAUAUCCUGUAAAAAUAAAUUUAUAUGUUAAAUAGAAAUUCAAGAAAUUAAAUUAUUUAUUAAGCUACAAAUGUUUCUUCUGGUUUCUACCUGAUCAUAGAUAAAAUAAAUGGAAAAUGUGUUGUUGGAAUAUAUGUAAGUACCUUCAUUAAUUUGAUAACUUGUACUUUCCCUCUCUAUUUCAUAAGCUUAUAAUUAUUAGAUUUAAUUCCUAGUAGGAGUGUGAAUACAGUGACUUAAGAUAUGGCCAACUGGAUGGACAAAAAGAACAACCUUGCUAAAAAAAGGUUAAUUACCAUCUAUUUAUAUUUUCUUUACUACUGGAUGGCGAAGAAAGUCCAAUCACAAACUCAAUCACCUAAACUUAAAUAUGAUAUUAAUGAUCUUUCAAAUUAAUUUCUGAAUCCCUUAUCAAUUUCAUAAAAUCCUUUGAUAAACAGAAAUGAAAGGAAUUAAAACAUGUGAGUCCUCUUUGCUAUUUUUCUUCCUUACUUCUUAGCCCCCAAGUAUUUUAUUCCUUUCUUUUUAAGGCACUGUUCACAUAAUGACCUUAACAUAAACUCCCCUCAGGAAACAUUUUUAAGUGACCAAGAUCUUUAAUCACCUUAUUUUUCUACUCUGUUUGCACCUACCUGUGGUGUGCAGUUUUUCCUAAUAAGAAAUGUCUUUGGCCUUACUUUUCAUUUUAUGUUAAAAACCAAAAUAUGUUAUUUAUUUAUUUAUUUAUUUGGGGAGAAGGAAAUCAUGAUAAAUCUUUCCAACGCAAGCAUUAAAAAUGAAAACCCAUAAACCUCUUAGAAUUAGUGAUCUGUUUAGGCAGAAUUCCUAUCAGGAUAGUCUAUUAAGAAACACUUAACAAAGAUGAAAUGGACAAAAGUCAUUACUAAAAUGAACAGAAAAUAUUCAUUGAUUAUGUAAUGCUAUUUCAGGCUAUAUUUUAAAAUUAUCAAUACAUUAACUUUUUCACAGUUAUUUCUACCUCAGUAGGGGUUUCCAAUGUGAUAAAAGGGAUCUGCUAAACAACUAAAAUGUUGUAGGGAUUAUUUCCCAGUGAUAAUUCUAAAUUGUAUAUUAAAUUGUGAGUUAUAGGACCCAUUAUUUAAAAAAAAACAAAAGAAACUCUAUAAUUAAUUGAAGAAUAUUUGGGAUGCUUGUACAUCUCUCUUUCACACACAUUUAAAGUCUCAGGAAUUUUCACUUAUAUUAUUGACAAGUGGUUAAAGGGUACUUCUAGAAUAUUUUAAUUAUAUGAUAGACAAUACAUAGCAGAUUGACUUCUACUGAAAAUAGAAUAUAUAAUGAGACAAUAAUUCAGAUAACUGAAAUAGUAACACAAUCAGUAACUUGCUUCUGUGACACUUUUAACAUUUAUAUAUGGCCCAUAAGAAUAAUUCAAAAAAUUCUUUGAUAAGCUUGCAUUUUCCAUACACAAUGAUGCCAAUGUGUGGUUAGGUAUGGGGAUGUAAAAUUCUGAAAGACAAAUUACAUCUAAACUUGACCAAUAGUUUAGACAAUUGUUUAUUCAAAUUAGAUAUUUUUAUUCCAAUGAUUAAAAACCCAUUUGUUUUAGACAGCACAGGGGGAGAUUUGUAUUUGUAUGAUUAUUCAUUUGAUUUUAAGUGUGUUUUAGUAUUUUUUAAACUUAAUUAGUACACUAAUUCAACUUUCUGAAUUAUAUUUCUGUUUCUACUUAUAUGGUAAAUGAUAUAUACUUGCACAAUUUAAAUUAAAAAUAGUCUAAGAUAUAUGGCAAAUGUAAUCUAGUAACUUUGAAUGAUUAUGGAAAAGUAUGAAUGCAAAUUUCUAACUUCUGGAGAGAAAAAAAGAAGAAACAUCUCAAUAAACAAAAAACAUGAAAACUAAAAGUCUACAUAACUGACCAAAAAACACCUAUAAGAUAAUGAAAGUUAAUAGCUGGCUAAAUUAAGCAGUGAAGUAUCUCAGUUCCCUAUUGACCUUGGUAAUAAAGUUUUGUUUAGACUAUUUGAAGCCAAACUGGUCCCCCAUGAAAAUCUUUGCUUGGGUGGUUCAGCAUGCUUUACCUAAAUAAAAUGAGAUACUAAUCGCUAGAUAUUUUAACAUAGGAAUAUAAAUUAUUUUAUAUGUUUGAUUUGUAGCAUGAAAGUAUAGCAAGGGAGCCAGAGCAAUGGCUCAAAGGGCUGGAGCUCCUGGACUAAGCUAAGAAGACUUGGGAUCUAUCUCCGGCACCACACGGUCCCCCAAGCAUCAAAGACAGUGUACCCUGGGUACUGCUACGUAUGCCUCCCCAAAUUAAAAGGGAAUAUCUUGGCACAAGAGAAGUAAUUCUUCCAUACUUUCACUGAGAGGAGCUUAGUAAUAACAAUAGCUCUAAUUCUUACCAAUAUUUAUAAUCACCUGGGAAUGUUUAACAGCCUCAGAGUCCCGUUUAGAUAAAACGAGUCUUAAGUUGAUUUCUGUUGCAACGUAUUUUUUCAAAAAGUCUCCAGGUGACUUUUAAGACAAUCAGAGUUAAAAACUACACAGGCCAAACUGAUGGCUCUUAAAUUUUAGACUUCAGAAUACUAACUGAAUAGCUUGUUAAACAUGGGACCAGAGAGAUGCUACAGGAGUGAAGGCACAUGCCAUGCGCACUGCUAACCGUGGUUCAGUCUCUGGCAGUCAAUAUGGUCCCCUGACUCCCACCAAGAAUGACCCUGAGCUCAGAGCCAGGAGUAGCCCCUGAGAUCAGUCAGAUUAUCUCCAAAACAAACAAAAAUUUAUGCUGAAUUAUAAUGGUAAAACUGUGGGGCCCAUACUCUAUUAUUAACAAGUUCCUUGGCUGAUUCUAAUGUGAAGACCUACAAACCACUCAAAAACAAGAUAUCUUCUAACCUCUUAUGUUACAACUACUGUCUGUCUUUGGGGAAAAAAAUUAGUAUUUUCAGCAGACUAAUGCCACCAUAAAAUGCAUAUUAUUUUUUAAAAACACCCUCCCCAAAUUUGGUCUCAGAACUUAAAAUGAAGAGUCCCUAAAAAUAAAAGCUAACUAUGUAACUCACUGCACUCUGAUUUGAUAAUAUUUCAAAAGAAGGGACAAUGAAAAGUAUUCAAGAAAGCUAAGUUCAACGCUGUCAUAAAAUAUGUGACUUCAGAAAAGUAAGUGCAUCGUUGAAGGAGAAAAAUUAGCUAAUUAAUAGUUAAAGUUGAAAUUAAAAAUACACUCUCCUAAGAGAAUACAACUAUACUGCAACCUAAGUUUCUAUUGAGAAAAAUAGAAAGAAAAACAAAGGAUUAUCAAAGUUUUUGAUGUGAAAUUUAUCAAUAAUAUUAAGGUGGUUGGACUUAUUUAUUUUCCCUCCUGUUAAGAAUCAAUUAAUCUGGGACCUAAGUGGUAGUACAAUGGGUAGGGCAUUUGCCUUGCACUCGACCAACCUGUGUUCGAUCCCCGGCAUCCCAUAUGGUCCUCCAAGCACCGCCAGGAGUAAUUCCUGAGUGCAGAGCCAGGAAUAACCCCUUAGCAUCAUAGCUGGGUGUGACCCAAAAAGCAAAAAAAAAAUCAAUUAAUCAGAGGCCAGGAAUACAGCAUAGAGCCCUUUCCUUGUAUGUGUGUAGUCCUGAAUUCGAUCCCUGCCACCAGAGAAAAGGCAGGAUGGUAAUUUAUCUAUCAAAGAAUAAACUCUAAUGGGACUUUCCCAACUGAUCUCUAACACAAGAAUCACACAGAUAAUUGUUUUACAUUCUAAAACAACUGAACCCAGAAUGUUUAUAAGACUUUGGGAACCCUAUUCUAGCGAAUGACAAAGUAUAAUAUCAUAUUCACACAGUGCCAAGCAUUGGGUAAAUUCCUCCGAGAUGAUAAACGUAUCAUCUUAUAAUCUAUCAACAACACUACAAUGUCCACAUAAUGACAAACUAGUUGCUUCUUUACACCUCAGUCACUUAUUCUGAAAAUACCUUUUUAUCUAUCUUAUUUAUCUUCCAAAUCUAAUACUGAUCUUAUAUGAGGAAUAACUACAGUGAUGGAAUUGCUAACUUUUGCUUCUUGAUUCUUGUGAAAUAAUCAUGUCACAUAUUUUAAAUGUAUAGUUCAAGGACACGGUUCCUAUGAAGAGAAAAUAAUUCUUGUCUAUUUUCUGUCGAGUGGUCAGAUAGAAGAAUUACUAGAAACCUGCUUUAAUUUUUUUCACCCACACCUAGUAACUUCCACAGCACCUGCAUGCUUUUAUUAUCUAGAGUUGGAUAACACCAGAACAUCGCAACAGCGACAUUCAACAGUCGAUUUUUUUGGAAUGAGGUAGAGUUGUUUUUAUUUCUGGAUUUAACUGAAAGAGACACUAUA